CUCCACCGGGUAGCCUUCGCAACCUCUUUCAGCCUUCCGAGCAGCACAAAGCCACUCCCUUGCUACUUCUUGUCGCGACCCAGUUCGCCCCACAAGCCUCCCCGCUUGCUGACCACCGCACUAGACAGACGCCACUCGCUUGUGUCAGUGCAACUCCGUCUCGCCCGCCCACGUCCGUGCACGCUGCACACCUUCCAGCUCGCCCUCCUACGCACAUUCCUCGGGGUCGUCUUUCCCUCGGCAUCAAGAUGUGCCUUCAGAUGCUACUCAAGUCUCUUGAGCACCCUAAGCAGCGCGGCAAACCGCAGGUUGUCGACUGCGGCCUGCGGAACAGGCCCGCUCCUUCCGGCGAAGAGGACCCUGUGCUCUUCGCGCAGCUGUGCGCGCUGCUGUGCACGCCGCCUGCCGGUGGGGUGAAGCCCUACCGGCCCGAGGCCCGCUUCAUGCGUGGCUCGCCCAAGACGGCGGAUGCGGAGGGCGGCGUUGUGGACCCCCUCUUCCUUGAAGGGCUGCGCCGCACCCUUCUCCGCAAGGUUGACAAGCCCACACCCGCAACGUCAAGGCCCGUUAAGGUGCUGGUCACCGUCUUCUGAGGCCUUGGCCAACUUCUUACUUCGGCUAUCCAGCUAGCCGCCACUCAGCUCUGGACAAGAGCUAGCGGCAGUGCGACACCGUUUCCUUUAGUUGUAGACUUGUAGCUAAGCAGUUUGUUGCUUGGGACCACAUGCCGGAACGGCAGUGGGCGUAUGUAGUAACUUAGGACAGGCCGGCCGACUGUGACCAUACGUACUUUGGUUGUGCAUUCGUGAUCCCAUCCAUUUGCAUGUGCGUGUGUAUGUACGGCCUGUUGCUUAGACAGGUGGGGAAGACUUGUAAGGCAGUUGUAGAUGGAUAUUAUAGGAGAUGAAAGGGAGAGGAUCUUAGGACAAGCAAGACACACGAGCGAGUUAGGAUGGGACCCAGGAGUCCAGGACCCGAUUCAGCAUGUGUGCUGUCCGGCACAAGGACAAAACGUAUCCCCUGAACUCAUCAAUCGCUGGACUGAAGCGUAUUGCAUGCCACAAUGAGGCAACGAAAGGAGUGCAAGACCUGCUGGGAAGCCAGGCUCCUCCAACUGUAACACAGACCUGUG